UCUUUGCUUGAACCUUGAAGAGUCCAGUGUAGUCUCUUGUACAUCGUCAAAAAUAAUUCAUUGUCGUGUCCUCCUGUCGUGUGUGAUCUGAAACAAUUAACAAAUGCUUCUUCAGACAAGGCAUUUUUGUGCACCAUGGCCAUGUCCCACACCCACAACAAAUAGAAAAAGUAAAUUGUCUUCCUUUGUUUCAUUGGUUACUCCAAAAUGCUCGGUUUCGAAUUCGACCCAUUUGGAAUUGAGUAAGAAGCCUUUCCCAGCUGAAGUUUCAAGGACUAUAAUGGAGUUGGCUCGGGUUGGCACGCUUUCUACCUUGACCCAUGACCGUGAGGGUUGGCCUCUCGGUAUUGGGGUCCGAUUUGCUGUUGACCCGGAAGAAGGAACCCCCUUAUUCUUCUUCAAUCACACUCUCACCACCAACAACAAUAACAUCCCUUCUUCCCUUCAUGUUCAGUUUGAACAAUCUGGAUUGCGCACUCCUCAGUGUACACUUCAAGGAACCUUAACCAAACCACACGAUCCAAUCGCAACCGAGCGGCUUAUUUCUUUGUGGAGUAAGAGGUUUGGAGAAGAAGUUGAUCAAGAUUUUAUAUAUUUUAUUGCUGUAGAUCGGGUACUUCACUUGGAAGACUUUCAGGAGGAUGGUGUAUGGGUCACCUCUUUAGAUUACAAAAAUGCUCAACCCGAUCCUCUUCGAGACUUUGCUCACAACUUAGUUUCUGAAAUUAACACCAAUAAUAUGGAAGACAUUACUCGCUUUUGCAAUGUCUAUGUUGAUUUGGAUUUCCAGGUCUCAGAAGCAAAGAUCAUAUGGGUAGAUCGCUUGGGCUUCGAUAUGCGUUUGUCUUCCCCUCACAAAGGUAUAUUUGAGGUCCGCAUUCCUUUCCCUAGAGAAGUCACCGAUGAAAAAGGUGUCAAGUCAACAUUUAAUUGUAUGUCACAAAUGGCUUGGGAGGUUGAAAGAAACUUCCAUCCUCCAGACUUUCAGAAGGUUAAAGAAUUGAAGCACGUAAAGUCCUGAUGCUUAAGUUGUAUUUUUUUGUGUGUAACCACUUAUCAAUUCUUCAAUUUUGUAAUUUUUCAUGAAUAUUACGAUGUCUGUUGUGUUUGUAAACCGUGAUGAUUCAUUUGGGGGCUUGAUGUUGAGAUCAUCGUAGAUGCUAAGCUUGAUUUAGUUUUGCACGGUAAGUUUUGACUUUUGUCUAGUCUAUUCCAGGCCUCCUGUGUAUUGAACUUUCUUUCAAAGGGGUGAGCUGAUAUGACAGGAUAUUGAG